UAUCCCAAGCAUGCGCGUCUCGCCCACCCGAGUAUGUCCUGUACAGGACCCCAUAGGAAUUCCCGGAAGUGUUACCAUGGAGACAGAGGGAAGUUUUAACUAGGGGGGCUGCAAGAUGGAGAAAUACAAGAAGAUCCGAGUGGUCGGCAGAGGUGCCUUUGGGAUUGUGCACCUAUGCCUGAGGAAGGCUGAUCAGAAACUAGUGAUCAUCAAGCAGAUCCCAGUCGAGCAAAUGACCAAAGACGAGCGGCUCGCUGCGCAAAAUGAAUGUCAGGUGCUAAAGUUGCUCAGUCACCCAAACAUUAUUGAGUAUUACGAAAACUUCCUGGAAGACAAGGCCCUGAUGAUUGCCAUGGAGUAUGCCCCAGGUGGUACACUGGCAGAGUACAUCCAGAAGCGCUGUAAUUCAUUACUAGAUGAAGAUACCAUCCUACAUUUCUUUGUUCAAAUUCUUCUUGCUCUUCACCACGUCCAUAAUAAGCUAAUCCUUCAUCGGGACCUGAAGACCCAGAACAUCCUCUUGGACAAACAGCAGAUGAUUGUCAAGAUUGGGGAUUUUGGCAUCUCGAAGAUUCUAAGCAGUAAAAGCAAAGCAUAUACGGUGGUUGGCACGCCAUGCUACAUUUCUCCAGAGCUUUGUGAAGGGAAGCCGUACAACCAGAAGAGUGACAUAUGGGCACUGGGCUGUGUUCUCUAUGAACUCACAAGCCUUAAGAGAGCAUUUGAAGCUGCUAAUUUGCCUGCCUUAGUGCUGAAGAUUAUGAGUGGGACAUUUGCUCCUAUCUCGGACCGAUACAGUCCUGAGCUCCGCCACCUCAUUCUUAGUAUGCUAAACCUUGAUCCAUCGAAGAGACCACAGUUGAAUGAGAUCAUGGCGCAUCCCAUUUGCAUCCCAGCUCUACUCAACCUGUACAGUGACAUUGGAAGUGUCAAAAUGAGGGUGGAGAAGCCUUUGACUGCUGUGCCUGCAGUGAAUCGUGGUCGCCAGACCACACGGAUCCCCACUGCCAGAUCCAGAGGUGGCCGUGUUGGCUACUCUCCAGCGAAGCCUGGCGUUCCUCCUCCUCUCUCAUCUGUGUACACCUGGGGAAGUGGAAUCAGCUCCCCCCUGCGCCUGCCUAUGUUAAACACUGAGAUUGUGCAGGUAUCAUCUGGACGGACUCAAAAGGCUGGAGUCACAAAGUCUGGAAGACUCAUCAUGUGGGAGGCUGCACCUAUUGGAGCUGGGUCCCCCACAAUUCCUGGUUCCAUAGAUCACACACAGCCUCAGUUCAUCUCACGCUUUCUGGAAGGCCAGUCUGGAGUAACUAUAAAGCACGUGUCUUGCGGAGACUUGUUUACUACUUGUUUGACCGACAGGGGUAUAAUAAUGACUUUUGGCAGCGGCAGCAAUGGUUGCUUAGGACAUGGCAAUUUCAACGAUGUCACUCAGCCCAAGAUCGUAGAGGCUCUGCUGGGUUAUGAGAUAGUUCACGUAUCCUGCGGGGCUUCACAUAUUCUUGCUGUUUCAAAUGAGAAAGAAGUGUUUUCUUGGGGCCGUGGGGACAAUGGACGGCUUGGAUUAGGCAAUCAAGAAUCUCAUAAUUCACCGCAGCAAGUCCUUAUUCCUCCAGAGUAUGAAGCACAGAGAGUUGUGUGUGGAAUAGACAGCUCUAUGAUACUCACCAUGGGCAAUCAGAUCUUGGCCUGUGGCAGUAACAGGUUCAAUAAGCUGGGUCUGGACCACAUUCAGUUGGGAUCUGAGCCCACCCAGGAGCAGCAAGUGGAAGAGGCCUUUAUCUUCACUCCUGUUCAGUCUGCACCUUUAAACCAGGAGGCCAUCAUAUCUGCAGAUGUGGGGACUUCACAUUCUGCAGCAGUAACCGUCUUGGGUAAAUGUUAUACCUUUGGCAGUAACCAGCAUGGACAGUUGGGUACAACUGCUCAUCGACAUAGCCGUGUACCCUAUAUUGUGAGUGAAGCUCAGGAUUUGAAGGUGACAAUGGUGGCAUGUGGAGAUGCCUUCACGGUUGCUGUUUGUUCAGAGGGCCAGGUCUUCACCUGGGGAAAAGGAGCUAGAGGGCGUUUAGGACGAAAAGAUGAAGGAAUUGGCAUGCCCAAAAUGGUCCAACUAGAAGAAAGCCACCCGUACAUUGUUACAUCAGUAGCGUGUUGCCAUGGUAACACUCUGCUUGCUGUGAAACCGGGCUUGGAAGACAUUUCUGUCUGAAAGGACUAUGUCAGAACACACGUCUCUACGAGCAAAGAAACAGAAUGUUGGAAAAAUCUUAUUUGAAAAUCUCUUUCAAAAUCAGAAUUUUCACACUAUAGCGUUACUGUUAAAAAGACAUAAAUCAAAGGAGGAUAGUGUUUAAUCGCUAUAAACAGUAAGUUGUGUUGAGUGCCAAACUUGGAAAAUUUAAGACAGUAGGCCUGUUUAGAAAAAAACUAUUUUUCACCUUACCUGUUUAAUAAACCACUAAGUGUUAUAUUAUAUUAUUAAACAGUUCUGCAAUAGUUAAGUGCAUAACAUUUAUUUAUACUGAGAUUUAUUGCCUCUUAAACCUUCAUGCAUCUGACUGCUGUUUCUUGAUUGGCUGCUCAUUAAAAGGGACAACAAAGGCCUCAUAUAUAAUUUCAUAUAUCUGUGAUAUACCUUACCUCUAUCAUGAUUCCAUUUCCAUUAAAGAUCAAUUUAGGAGACCAGUUUUGAAGGUUAGCAGAAGUCUAUUUUCCUUAUAUUCCAAGACAUAAACCCAGACUUUAAUGUCCUUUUAAAUUACUGACAGAAAUUAGGAAAUAGUAUGCACUUACAAAGCAUGGCUUGCCUUAAAAUAUUCACAGCAUGUUUUUCAUAAAUUAUGGUACGAUGAUAAAAAGAACACUCUGAAUGGAAGUAGACUCCUAUUUUAGUACAUUAUGUAUCCAUUAAAAUAAAGGGAUACAUUUAAAGUUCCUACCAUGGUUUGUUCUUAAAUGUUUUAAACACCCCACCGAGCUCUAUUCACCAGAAAAUAUUACUUAAACUGCUGCUUAAGCUGAUAGCAGCUGUACUUUGGUUGCUAUCCUCUUACUGACAGCUCCAUCCGUUAUUUGAAUGAAGCCAAAGAUGGAACCAUGUGGCAAUUGAGCUUGUUUCUUCCCAGACAGUUGAUGGAGACACAUACAACAUGUACUCUGGACUUGCAGGAGUAAGCAUUAAGAUUCCCAAAGUCAUGUCUGUGGAAGGUUGGCAUAUAGCUGCAACAAAACUCGCUAGAGUUCUAAGACACUGUGUAUGGUCAGAGUAAUUCAGUACCCCACGCACUAUAAUUGUUAUGAUUCUUAUAGCGCCCCUUGAGUCUGUGCGCGUGGUUUAAUAUACUUUCUAACCAAUAUUGUGUCCACACUCAGACUAUUACCUAGUGUAGGUGCCUUCAUGUUACAGACCCUCAUGAAUCCUUUAGUGUCCCCUGGGGAGAUAGCUAGAGCCUUUCAUGAUGGCACAAAACAGAUUUUAAGUCCAUUAUGGUGCACGAAGAGAAGCAUAUCAGCCCCAAUGGACUUUCUCUUUUUUUUCCCUUUUAUUAGUGAUAAAUUCAUGUUAAAUACAAAGUAAAUAUGCAGUAAUCAGCAGCAGAAUUUUUAAAAAAGCAGGGCCCUACUGUACGAGAGUCCUGCCAUGUGGGAUUUUCCUCCCACGAAACGCUGCAGUAAAGCUAUGCCACCUGGUCUAUUAACAGGACAAAGUAUCCAGACUCAAAUGUGCAGGCUAAAAGUCAACCUUUAUUUUUUUUUUAAUUCAAAAGAGAAUUACAACAUCAUUGUCAUAGACCAGUAACUGAAAUAAAACAGAAAUAAAACAAAACGAUAUUGAUCAGGAAUCAACUUAUACUGACAGGAAGAAGACUAGUUAUUCAUAUACGGAUUGUAUAAUUAUAUUUACAGUAAGGUCUUGGCAUUUAGAACGACACCAUUGUAGGGGAUAUAUUGUGGUCUAUUAUGUUCCUUUGUGGGCAUGUUGCUGGACCCAGGCCAUAGAGAAGCUUAAAACAGACCAAUUUUUAUUAAAGAGGGGGAGAGGGAGGUAUGCUGGUUUGAAUAGGACUGUAAGUCUGGAUAAGGUCUAUUCAGGAGUCUGGUAAGAAGGCAAGUGAUACUAUUCCCGAGUGGUGUAAGUUUGGGACAGGUCCACCAGCAGUGGAGAAAGGAACCUUUUUCUUCACAUUGUUUCUAGCACAAAUUGGAGGUGAUCCUUUACAUUGAGGCUAGAUGCUGAGGAGUGAGGUACCACCGAAAAAGUAUUUUAUAUCCCUGCUCUUGAUGGGUAAUGCAUAAUGAGUGAAGUUAAUGACAACCAAAUGCCUAACCAAUCUGUAGGGUCUUCUGAGGGACCCAGGUUAAAUAUACGGUAGGGAAUAAAAGUCAUUCCUUCAUUGAAGACUAAUAUAAACUGGAAUCCUUAUGGACACAUGGGGGAUGGGGAGUGUGACAAAAAGGAGAGAGAAGCUAAUGCGUUUUGUUUUGUGCAAGACACUUCUUCAGAUCUUCAAAAAUGACAACUUUUAGCCUGCAGGUUUGAGUCUGGAUGCAUUGUCCUGUUUGUUACUGGACCUCAUGAUAUUGAGUUACUUCAAUAAAUUUUUAUUGUGUUCCAACAUAUGCUCUCAGUGCUCUACCUUAAAAUGUAAAUAAUGUCUAUAAUCAUAGAUAAUUUAAAUAUAUAUACAUUUUCAUAAACAGUAA